GUUUCCGACACGGAUUCCUGUCAGAGACACCCAACAACGGCCGGAGGGGAAGGGGGAAGGCGCGGCGCGUCUCCAGGAAGUGACGGAACCGCGCUCUGCCGGCGGCUCGUACGUCAGGCCACUGUGUUCUGCUGCAGGAGUCGCAUUUACCCAGGAGGGGGUAGCGGAGUGACAGUGCACCAGUGGAACAGGAAUCGGAGAACGCGUUCAAAGGCAGUUGGUUGCCAAAGAACACCUCAGUGCCGUGUGGCCUGUUCAAGGUGAUGGGUGGCAAGAACCCUCUUCUGUUUGUGGUGGUGCUACUGAUCCUGCUCAUCGCCCUGGGCAUCUACCAGUGGACUGUGAUGACGGAGAACGCCUUGCUGAAGCAGGAGGCCACCCUAGUAAGGGAGUCAACAGGGAAACUGAAGAGGGAGAAGGAGGACACCCAGAGCCUGUUGGCCGAAAUGAGCAUCACCCUCGAUGACAAGAAGCGCUACAUCAGCGACAUCGAUGGCAAGUUCCUCAAAGUCAAUGCAGACCUGGAGAACAAGAAUAAAGCACUCCAACAAUGCAUAGAAGAAAAGAAAAAAAUGGGGGAAGAUGCUACGAAACAGAAAAAUGAAUUGAAGACCAAAGAAGACCAGCUAAAGAAAAUGGAGGAAGAGAAAAAGAAGGUGGAAGCUGACUUGGAGGAAUUCAAGAAACUCUGUGAGGUAGCGGACAAUAGUAAAGAGUUGACAAAGAAACUCUGUCCCCAGGCGCCUCUAGUCCAGCAGCAAUAGUCACCUCCAGAUGGCUUGUUCCAAGGGCUCGUUGGGCACAUCAAUCAAGACCUCAUUGUCACCUCUUGCACACGGAGCUGUGGUGUGGAGAUCGACAUGCAUGAUCACAGAAAUGACACGCUUUGGGCGUGUCCACCCCACUUAUUUCACACGCUGUGUCCCAAUCUGCCCAGUGGUGGACUCUACCCUUUCCUAUCUAUCUCCUGAAGAAAGUGCUCAUUGUAGAGGAGCUAGCUCCAGCACAUCAACCUAACCCUACAGUCUUCAGAUAACUUCCUCGCUGACAUUUUGCCCUUUCAAUCAUUCGAUUUUGUCUACCUGCCUGCCAGCUGUAGCUCCGUUGGUGGCACUCGCGCCUUUGAGUCACAAGGUUCCGGGUUCAAAUCACUCUCCAGGACUUGGGCACGGUCCAGGGUCAGUACUGGGGGAGUGCUGCACUGUCUGAGGCAUCAUCGUUCAGACGAGACAUUAAUCCAAGGCCCUCUCAGGCUGUGAAAGUUCCCAUGGCACUAUUUCAACGAUGGGAAAGCCAAUAUUUAUUCUUCAAUCAAUAUCACUAUAAAACAGAUGACCUGGGUCAUUCCAACAUUGUGGGAGCUGGCUACACACAAAUUGGCUGCCGUGUUUCCUACAUUAGAAUAGUAACUGCAUUUCAAAAAGCACAUAAUUGGCUGUAAAAUGCUUUGAGAUACCCAGCAGUGGUGAAAGGUGCUACAUCUAUAACCACGUUGUUUGAUACUUAACCAUUUAGAAUGUGCGACCAAUUGGGAAUCCUGGCAUGACGAGAUGUAUUUCUGAUUAAUAAACAAAAAAUGGAACCAUAA